UAAUGUUAAAUGAUAAAAUUGAAAAAAAAGAAAAUACUUUAAAUUUCAGUUCCUCUUAGUUCUACUUCUAACACAAAAUAUUCAAACUACAAAUUUAGAAGAAUUUCUAAAAGAAAUUAGACGACUAUUAGUUUUUUAAUAAAUACCAACACAAAUAAAGCUUAUCACUCUCCCUUCUAAAUUAAUUUGCAAAUAUGACAUCGGCAUCGUCAAGCAGCGCCCGAUCUCUGUUCGCGGAAUCAAAACAAAGACUUGCAGAGAGAGUUCAAGUUAAUAUGAACAAUAUAGCAUCACUAGCUAGGCAGAUCCAACGAGGUUCUAAAUCUAAUGAGCUCCUUAUGAAAGCAGCAAGGGAUACAGCAUGUACGGAACCAUUAAUGGAGAGCACAGAACAGAAUUUAAAGAAAAUGCAACUGAUAUCAGUGCAUAUGGGUUAUCAAUUUGAAAGCAUACAGAAGUCAGCAGAAAUAAUUACAGAAAUUAACGAACAAGUUGCUAGCUUGCAAAGAUAAAUACAGUCACUAUCAUGAUAUUAAAAAACAAUACUUGGAACAGCCAAUGAGGUUGUUAUUAAUUACCUAAUACAAUAGAAUUCAGCUGGGA